UCUCCUCUCUCUCAAACACGCAGAUUCACGCACAGAGAGGCUGUAGUAGGCUAGGGAGACAACACUCGUGCGCACUUCUGAAAGGGGGAACACUCGUUCCGCCCCUCAGUAACGCUUUCCUUGUCUUAUAGACACUUUGAUUUUUUUAACUGAAGAAAAAAAACAACAACGCUGCCGCAGUAUCAUGACGAACCGGGGCACCCCCGAGCCCUGUGGAUUUUGAGGCCGACCGAAGCCCCAUCUCGCACGGUCAAGAAGACCUUGCCUCUCCAUCCCGGUGUGGUCGGGGGAGACGGAACGUCAAGGAGCCCAGGAGAAACACAUAGCUACGCCAGAGACACCGGACCGCGACCGAGACAGAACGACUGAAAAUGGCUUCGUCAAGUAGCACGUCUCCGGAAGGAGGGACACCGCAGCACAAGAACCGCAUUCGGAAGUCUGACAGUAACACUAGUUUCCUGCGUGCUGCGAGGGCGGGGAACCUGGACAAGGUUCUGGAGUUCCUGAAAGACGGAGUUGACAUCAGUACCUGUAACCAGAACGGUCUGAAUGCGCUGCACCUGGCAGCUAAGGAGGGCCAUGAGGACCUGGUGGAAGAACUACUGGAGAGAGGCUCCGCCGUCGACUCUGCUACUAAGAAAGGGAACACAGCCCUCCACAUCGCCUCAUUGGCCGGACAGAAGGAAGUGGCUCGACUGCUGCUGAAGAGAGGAGCCGACAUCAACGCCCAAUCACAGAAUGGCUUCACUCCUCUCUACAUGGCAGCCCAGGAGAACCACCUGGAGGUGGUCAGAUACCUGCUGGAGAAUGGAGGGAACCAGAGCGCUGCUACUGAGGAUGGGUUCACCCCCCUGGCCAUAGCCUUGCAGCAGUGUCAUAACCAGGUGGUUUCUCUCCUCCUGGAACAUGACACCAAGGGCAAGGUGCGGCUGCCUGCCCUGCACAUCGCUGCCCGGAAGGAUGACACCAAGGCAGCUGCCCUGCUGCUACAGAAUGACCACAACGCAGAUGUUCAGAGCAAGAUGAUGGUUAACAGAACUACAGAGAGUGGGUUUACCCCCCUGCACAUCGCUGCUCACUAUGGCAACGUGAAUGUCUCCACCCUGCUGCUCAACCGAGGGGCCGCCAUAGACUUCACUGCCAGGAAUGGGAUAACUCCUCUCCAUGUGGCCUCUAAGAGAGGGAACACCAACAUGGUAGCUCUACUGCUGGAUAGAGGAGCUCAGAUAGAUGCCAAGACCAGGGACGGCCUCACUCCUCUACAUUGUGCAGCGCGGAGUGGACAUGAUCCCGCCAUAGAACUGCUGCUGGAGAGAGGAGCACCCAUACUGGCUAGGACCAAGAACGGUCUCUCCCCCCUCCACAUGUCGGCCCAGGGAGACCACGUGGAGUGUGUCAAACACCUGCUGCAGCACAAGGCGCCUGUUGAUGAUGUCACCCUGGAUUACCUGACAGCGCUGCAUGUCGCCGCCCACUGUGGUCACUACCGAGUCACCAAGCUACUGCUGGACAAGAGGGCCAACCCCAACGUUAGGGCUCUGAAUGGGUUCACUCCACUGCACAUCGCCUGCAAGAAGAACCGGGUGAAGGUGAUGGAGCUGCUGGUGAAAUACGGAGCCUCUGUCCAGGCCGUCACGGAGUCUGGCCUGACCCCCAUCCACGUCUCAGCCUUUAUGGGUCACCUCAACAUGGUGCUGCUGCUGCUACAGAACGGAGCCUCGCCGGACGUCUGCAACAUCCGUGGUGAGACAGCGUUACACAUGGCGGCCCGUGCUGGUCAGAUAGAGGUGGUUCGAUGUCUCCUGAGGAACGGAGCUCUGGUCGACGCCAUGGCAAGAGAGGACCAGACCCCCCUCCACAUCGCGUCCCGUCUGGGGAAGACAGAGAUCGUCCAGCUGUUACUGCAGCACAUGGCUCAUCCCGACGCCUCCACUACUAACGGAUACAGUCCUCUGCACAUCGCUGCCAGGGAGGGACAGUUAGAGACCACCGCUGUGUUGUUGGAGGCUGGGGCUUCACACUCACUGGCUACCAAGAAAGGAUUCACUCCUCUACAUGUAUCAUCCUCCCUAACAGAAAGGAUUCACUCCUCUACAUGUAUCCUCCCUAACAGAAAGGAUUCACUCCUCUACAUGUAUCCUCCUCCCUAACAGAAAUGAUUCACUCCUCUACAUGUAUCCUCCCUAACAGAA